GAACCAUCAUCCAAUGAGGCUCUUGGGUAGAGGCAGAACCGUAAAUAAGUGGAAAAAGAAGAGGAAGCAGCGGUUUCAUCACGAAGAACAACAACACAGCUUUUAUUUGAAAAUGGCUCCAUUUCACGAGGUCUUUCUCCUUCUUUCUCUCGCCGUAGGCUUUACUCGAGAACCAGACCCCAAAGAUCGUUUCUUUCGUAUUCACUACUAUAUUAUUAUAUAUACAACACGCACAUUGUAGAGAAAACACUAUUUUAAAAUUACCGAACACAAAUUUGAUGUUGCGUUUGAAUUCUCCAAGGUUGUCUCUUUCCUUCUCUGCUUUCGAGUGAUUCUCUCCCACUCUAUUUUGCAACGGUAACAAAGGAUUUUACUUUUUCAAAAUCCGACAGAGAAAGAAACAGACAAAGAAAAGAGCUUUCAUCUACUCUAGUCUUGAACUCAUGUCUUUCUUCUUCUUCUGACACUCUUUAACCAGAAACAGACAGAGUCAAAGACAGACGCUUUUGCUGUCUUUAUUUUUAAAAAGUUGGCGGUGAAAAAUGGAGAGAAGAAACGAAGCGAUGAUGAUAAAGAGAUCGAAGUGGCAGUACCCACAAGUGGGCCUUCCUACGCCGAGGAUUCUCCAGCUGCCACGUAGGCAGAGUGUUCGACGAAGUUCAGCAAAGGGCAAGACAACGACACAGAAGGACCAGGGAGUGAAACUGGAGGCUCUGUUUCACCAGGAGAGGUCUUUUGAUCGAGGAGGAGGGGGACCUGUUCUGAUGGAGGCGGGAAGGAGGAGAGAGAAAGUUGCGGAAGGGAGAGAGAUCGGUGGGUCUUUGACGUCGCCUUCUAACGAAGUAGAUGAAGCCAAGUGGAGGUUUCAGACGGAGAUGUUGAGAUCAGAGUGUAACUUGUUAAGGAUUGAGAAAGAGAUUGCUUUGAAGAAGAUGGAGAGGAGGAAGAAGCGAAUGGAGAAAACGCUUAGAUCCGCUGUUCAUACUCUUCUCUCUGGGAGACAGAGAAUCUCAGAAGGGAAGAAAGAGAGCAAAGUUUUGGAAGAUGAGAUAAGCUAUUUAAUUGAGAAACUUAAUGAGUUGAAGUCUCCAAAAGUCAAUAAGGACAUGGAAGAAGCUAGAAACUUCAGACAUAACUUUGACAAGCAAGCUUGUGUCUUAAGAAGAGAGCUUGAGAAGUUCGAUGAAGAAGGAGAGGUUUGUGUUAAAGGGAUUCAGAAAAUGGCAGAGGCUAGCUUCUUGUUCAACAACAAUAACGGCAAUAUAGAUACAUUGAGUAGUAAAAUGGAGGCGUUGUCGAUUCUCUCCAAAACCAUUGAUCUUCAAGAUGUAUCUGUACAAGACAUGCAUACUGAGAAAGACUGUUCUAGUCACUGCAAAGCAGUUAUGAGGAAGAUCGCGGAUCAAGUAAGAGCAGAAGCUGAGCAAUGGUCACAAAUGCAAGAGAUGUUGGGUCAAGUGAGGAAUGAAAUGGAGGAACUUCAAUCUUGUCGCGAUUUCUGGCAAAACCGCGCUCUCGAAUCAGAUUCUCAGAUACAGAAUCUACAUUCCUCAGUUGAAAGUUGGAGAAGAAAGGCGUUAUCAUCAGAAGUAAAGUUUAGGAACAUACAAGCAGAGGUUUGCGGGUUGCAAGAAGAGAUCAAAAGAUUGAGGAAGGAAGGUAAUAAGUUGGAACCAGAGAAGAACAAGUUGCCAACAGAAUCAGAGAAGAGAGUAUUGAUUUGUAGGUUGAAAGAAAACAGACAUAGCAACAAUGGAGAUUGGUCUAAGUACAGUGAAGGAAGAACAGCAAAACCGUGCUCAAGACCGCCUUUAAGAGAGAUUAAGAACGGUUCAGUGGCAGCAACAAGGCAGAGAAAUACUCCAAUGUCAUGAAAAUGUAACCUUGUUUUUCUGACAAAAAUUCAAAAAUUUCUGGUUUUCUUUGGUUAAUAAAUUUACAAACUGAGUUCAUGAAAACUUGG